CAGUUGAGUGCAUGAAGUGUCCAACAUUCCACACAACAUUCUCGUUUUUUGUUUAUGUGCAUCAUUUGGGUAUUUAAAAUUCACUUCUUUUUGGAAUGUUCAGUGUGAACAGACUAAUCCACUAUUUAUACUGCAAAAAUUAUAAAUAGAAUGGUCCAUAAGUACACAAUCUGGGAUGCACCUUUGAACUUAAUAUUUGCCUGACAGAUGAUAAAUUGGGUGGAAGAGCCUUACACACUUACCUUACCUUAAGGUUGACUUCUUUUAAGCAGACCAGAGAGCAAAUACAGAAAUCCCCUGAAGAAAAAGAAUAUAUGUGGAUAAACCUGUGUUGCUUGCACACUCUGAGGAUUCAUGUAAAAUUCCAAUUCGAACACACAUAAAUGCACAGGGUCAUGGUACUAUUGGCCAUUACCGAUUUGGAUACGACCAAUCAAAAUGUGUAAAUCAUGCGUGCUUUCUAUACGGUGGUUUACGGUAAUUCAUCCCAUGAUCCUAUUCUCCACAAUGCAAGAUAUGCUAUGAUUCUAUCCUCGGAAAUAAACUGCAUACAGUGUUGAGAAUAUAAAAGCAGCUCUACGCAGAGACUAUAGCGGUAACUGUAGGUCCGAAGGACGGGUGUGUACAAUAAACAUCACUAAUAAAUGGUGCCGUGAGCAAGGGACAUCAUGAAUACUGUCGAUUUUCAGACGCAGUUAACAUCCAUAAUGGACAUGUUGGCAAAAACAGCUGUUGUUGAAAUAGGCAAACUUUUCGAGGAGAAUUCUUUGCUGCUGCGAUUAGAGAUUUCACGCUGUACAAACGAAAAUGAAUCUCUGAAAAAGAAAUGUCAUUUUUUGGAGAAUGAACUUCAGUGUGCGCGGAAAGGCGCUGGAAAGAUGAACGGGACAGAAGCUCCAUUUAGCCAUCUGGGACAUACAGAGGCAAGACGUCGUCCUGCAAUUGACAAUGUCUUCGGCAAGGAAUGGUGCAUGAACCUCUGGAGACACAAGGAGUCAAAUGUUGGUGAGCAGGAGGACACACAUCUGGACUCUUCAGUCAACACAGAUGAGGCAGUAGAUUUGCUGGACGAAGAACCAGAUAUGAUCAUGAUCAAGGAGGAGACAUUUGAAGAUUGCUCUGGGAAAAAUAACCCUGAGGAAGAUGAAAGUUGCAGUUUGAGAGGACCUGCAAUGACCAGUGAUGAGAGAUGUGUCACCCAAAGCUCUGAUGAUUUUAUCUCAUACAUGGUACCUUCAGAUGACCAAGUGCAUUCAAACGUACACCAGACACAAGCUGAAGAACAAGCUCUUGAUGGAAUGAGCUCUACACAAGCAGACCGCACAACAGAGCAGACUUUCCACAGUACACACAACCACACAAGUAUUUCAGAGGAGAAGAGGUUUGAGUGUGUAUUCUGUCGACGAACCUUCAACAGAUUAACCUACCUGAAAGCACACAUGCGAACACACUCCGGAGAAAAGCCUUAUGUCUGUACAGUGUGCGGUAAAAGAUUUGCUCAAAAAACGUACCUGCGAAUACACCAGCGCACUCAUUCUGGUGAGAGGCCGUACUCAUGCAUGGAGUGUGGAAAGAGCUUUGCUCAAAAGAGCUCUCUAAACGUACACAUCCGAAGCCACACAGGAGAGAAGCCAUAUAGCUGCGCUGAGUGUGGUAAAAGCUACGCGUACAAACAGGGUUUCAAUACACACCAGUGCUUCAGUUAGACUAGUACAUACUGAAGUGAACCAUUACUGAAUUGUAUCUGUAUCAAAGUUGCUGUUACAGCAGAGUGUGCAUUAGUCUGCAAUAUGAACCAUUAACAAGUUGCAAACAUGUCCAUGUUUUUUUAUUAAUUAAGUUUUUUACAGAAAUGUAAGUCCUUU